AUGGCCGGGCUCCCGGGGCCUUUCUUCUGCCGGGCCCUGCUGGGCUUCGUGUGCCUGAGUGGGCGAGCCGUGGAGGUGAAAGUUCCCGCCGAGCCGCUGAGCAUGCCGGUGGGCAAGACUGCAGAGCUGAGCUGCAGCUACAGCACGUCGGUGGGAGACAGCUUCGCCCUGGAGUGGAGCUUCGUGCAGCCUGGGAAGCCCAUCGCUGAGUCGCAGCCCAUCCUGUACUACACCAACGGCCACCUGUAUCCAACUGGCUCUAAGGCAAAGCGGGCCAGCCUGCUUCAGAAUCCCCCCACAAGAGGGGUGGCCACCCUGAAACUGACUGAUGUUCACCCCACGGAUACUGGAACCUACCUCUGCCAUGUUAACAACCCACCAGAUUUCUACACCAAUGGGCUGGGGCUAAUCAACUUUACUGUGCUUGUACCCCCCAGUACCCCUUUAUGUAGUCAGAGUGGGCAAACCACUGUGAGAGGCUCUGCUGCACUGAGGUGCAGCUCUUCCGAGGGAGCUCCCAAGCCAGUGUACAACUGGGUGCGCCUCGGAUCUUCUCCUACACCUUCUCCUGGCAGCAUGGUUCAAGAUGAGGUGUCUGGCCAGCUCAUUCUCACCAAUCUUUCCCUGACCUCCUCGGGCACCUACCGUUGUGUGGCCACCAACCAGAUGGGCAGUGCAUCCUGUGAGCUGACCCUCUCUGUGACCGACCCUUCCAAAGGCCGAGUGGCCGGAGCUCUGAUUGGGGUGCUCCUCGGUGUGCUAUUGCUGUUGAUUGCUGCAUUCUGCCUGAUCAGGUUCCAGAAAGAGAGGAGGAAAAAGCCCAAGGAGACAUAUGGGGGUAGUGACCUUCGGGAGGAUGCCAUCGCUCCUGGGAUUUCUGAGCAAACUUCAGUGAGGGCCGAUUCUAGCGAUGGGCUCCUGGAGAGGCCCCUGUCUGCCAGCACUGUGACGACCACCAAGUCCAAGCUCCCUAUGAUUGUCUGA